ACACACACAGACACACACACAAGCUAGGGUUUCAGUUUUCCGAGAACCAUUCGCUCGUCACUUUUUAUUUAGAGAAAGAAAGAGAGAAAGUGAAGAAGGGGAAGCCGAUCAUUGAAUGUUGGACUUCUUACCAAAGCAGUACAGACCCACAUAGCAUCUUUUUUAUGUUUGAUCUUUCACCAACUUCUUUUCUUAAGACUUUUUGGAGAAAGUUCAAGAAAGCUGCAUUAAAAUUAAUAUUUUGUGCAAAAUGAGCCAACAGAAUGAAGGAUCAUCCUCACUCUCUCCUGUAAUAGAACUCCACGGGAAACGCAAACGCGGGCGUCCAUGUAAGGAUGGCAAUCCCACUCAACUGUACUCUCAAGAAAUGCCUAAAUCAGAUGGCUCCGGGAAUAGUCAACAAGUUAAUGAAGUAGCUCAGAGUUCUACUAAUGAAGAUGGCAUGGUUGGACAAUUUGUUUAUGGUGUUGUUGAGGGCACAUUUGAUGCUGGAUACUUACUCUCUGUCAGGGUUGGUAACACUGAUACUCUUUUGAGGGGUCUAGUAUUCCAAGAGGGACAUUUUACUCCUGUAUUUGAGGCAAAUGAUGUUGCUCCACAUGCAAAGAUGUAUAAAAGAAAAAAUGUACCUAUCCCAAUUCUUAUCAACCCACAAACUCAUGUUAACAGCUCAACCCCCUUAGUAGAACCAAACAGUAAACAACCCAUCCACUUUCCUGAACAUCCACCUAUGAUUCUAGGCCAAGUUAAACCCUAUGAGCCAUCAUCAUCCCUUGGUGCUAAGGUUUGUUCAUCUGGAAACUUGCAAAAGAAGAACAAUUUAGGUAUUUCCUUGGGUGAGCUUCCAUCUGCACAAACUCUUCCAGUUAAGCCACUUCCAUCUAGGUUCUCCUCUCAGUUAGAGCAUAAUAGUUUUUCUGGAAAACAACUCAAGGUGUAUGAGGAAUUUAAAGCUUCAUCUUUCCAGGAAGCACCUAUGCUUGAUAUGGAAGCAACUAAGGAUUUCAAAAUUUUGGCUCCAGAAUCUGCAACAAUUAUUGAUGUUUUUCCAGGCAGUGAAGUUAAUAAUCGGGAGCCUCAAAUUCAACAUGAGUUUGUUGGUUCAGAACUUAAUCCAAGCCAUUUGGUUCAAGUUGAAAAGGUGAAGAGCCCAAAUCUUGAACUCCAUCUUACUUCUGUAGUUGUAGCUGAAACUAAAGCAUUAUCAUCUCCAGAGCAAGUGACGAUCUCCAUUGAAAAACAGGAUUCUCCAAAGAAAAGUAUUCCAGGGGAUACGAGAGUAGAUCCUACAAACAAGGCUUCAAGUGGAGAUGAAACUUCUGACAAUGGCAAGCAAGUAAAGGAUGCUGUUGAGGCAUUUUGAGGAAAAAUAAAUUUGUUGCUCAGACAUUUUGAGUAAAACUAUUUUGAUUUGUUGCUCAA